AUGCUGACGAAGCUCCAGCUCUCCCUGUCGGUCACCCUGCUGUUUGCCUGUGGCUUCCUCUACCAGUUCACCCUGAAGUCCAGCUGCCUCUUCACUUACUUGCUUCCCUACAAGCCUCAGCAGGGGCUGCAAGCCCUCCUGGGCCAUGGGCGCAGCAUUGUGUUCCUGGAGACUUCAGAGAGAGUGGAGCCAUCCCCGCUGGUCUCCUGUGCUGUGGAGUCAGCUGCUAAGGUUUACCCUGAGCAGCCCGUGCUGUUACUAAUGAAAGGGCUCAACAAUUCCAUGCCGCUGCCCCCAAACGCCACUUCUCCAGCCCUUUCCCUCCUCUCAGCAAUAGACAAUGUUUUCCUCUUCCCUUUGGAUAUGAAAAGCCUGUUUGAAGACACACCGUUGUUCUCGUGGUACGCUCAAGUCAACAGCAAUGCAGAGAGAUACUGGCUCCACAUCAGUUCAGAUGCAUCCCGCCUGGCCUUCAUCUGGAAGUAUGGCGGUAUCUACAUGGACACCGAUGUCAUCUCCAUCAGACCCAUCCCUGAGGACAACUUUCUGGCUGCACAGAAAUCUCAGUUCUCUAGCAAUGGGGUGUUUGGAUUCCUUCCCCACCACCCUUUCCUGUGGGAGUGCAUGGAAAACUUUGUGGAAAAUUACAAUCCAAAAAUUUGGGGCCACCAGGGUCCCCAACUGAUGACAAGGAUUUUGAGAGUAUGGUGCAAACUCAGAGACUUCCAGGAGGUGAGUGACCUCAAGUGUUUAAACUUCUCUUUCCUACACCCCCAAAGAUUCUACCCUAUCUCUUUCCAAGCGUGGAGGCGCUACUAUGAAGUCUGGGACACAGAGCCGAGCUUCAACGAAUCCUAUGCCCUGCAUCUGUGGAACUACAUGAACCAGGAAGGGAAGGCUGUGGUUAGAGGAAGCAACACGCUGGUGGAAAAUCUCUACCGUAAGCACUGUCCCAAGACAUACAGGGACUUGCUUCAAGGUCCACAGGGGCUGGUGACUGUGGAGCAGGGCUCAGGUAACAGAUAGAGCCAAUGCUGGCUCACUGGU